AUGAGUGAGGUUCAGGAAAAUAUUAAAUUCUUGAUACGAAGGCCAAAAACACCAGUGAUUAAACCUCCAUUGCACCGUUCAGUCUUUAACAAAUCGAUUAAGAGGGAAUACAGAUCAAACAGGGGAUGUCACCAAACGAUGGGCUAUGCUGAAGUUAAGCCCAAUCAACCAUCAAAAUUUUUAAAAAAACACACCAGAAAAGUGAUAAGACCAUUUGUCGGUACAAAUAAAAACUCUUCAUUUCCUGGGUCUUCGAAUGUUYUAAAUCCAGUGUACCCUAGUCGACGCUGUUGUCAAUCAGAUAGAAAAUCUGAAGAAAAAACCAAAAAAACCAAAAAACCCAAAAGAAAUUUCCUAAGUGAAAACAUCGUUGAAGUAAUAAGAAAGGUGCCACCAUUGCCUAAGCAUCGAGUACAAGACAGUAGGAACGGWCAUAUAAUCGUUUUAGAUAAGGCGGGGCUUGAGCCGACGUACGUGUCUAAGAAGAAUUUUGGCAAAACGCCUUCAUACAUCAGGAAAAUAAUUAAGGACAAAGAAACGAUUAAACUUGCUGAGGACGAACGUAUAAGGGCAAUCAAGCCACCGUUGCGUUAUUUGCCAGCAGAUGAGCGCAAUGAGUUAUUAACAGGACUGAAGGCYAAUUGGGGUGAACUGUAUACAGAGUUUUUGUUAUUACCGAUGGUCACAGACUCAGUGCCAAAAGUCAAUCGAAAAGCUCGGCUUGAAAAUCAACUAAAUAAUUUGGAAAAGGAUAUCAACAUACUGGAAAAGUAUCCGUCCUUAUAUGUGUGUGAUAACUAG